CAAAGCAACAUCUUCGUGCUGUAGCCUCAAUGCCAAUGGUCACCGACGUGGUCACCGACGAUAAAUGCAGAGUGAGAAAUACAUGUGAGCAAGAGUCCGUUAUUGACUCUUGAUGUGAGUACUAGCUAGUUAAAAUUGUAGUUUUGAAAAGUCUGAGUAGCCUCGCAACAGCUUUUCGUGAUCUUGGGAAUCAGGAAUUUGUGCAUAAAAAGCAAUCUCGUUGCAUAUCGUCCGGUCAGACGAAGUCGUAGGGCAUGGAUUCGAUGAGAAAAGCGCUGUUCGGCAGCAGCAGAAAGGAGCGUGAGCCCGCUCCGACGACGUCGAACAUUGUCCCCGCGCCUGCUGUCGCUCAGCCUCUACAAAGUGCACCGCCAUCGUACUCGGCCGCUCAGGCUUACUCCGCUCCGACGCCGUACAACUCAUACGGGCAGCACGCCGCCCCGUAUCCGGGGCAACAGCCAGUGGUGGCGCCGCGCCAAGCCCCGGGCCCACCGUACGCCGCGCAGGCACCUUACCCGGGCCAUCAGCAAGCGCACGCCCAGCAGCAUCAUGCCCCGUAUCCGCAGCCAGGUCACCCGGUCCAGGGUCAUAUGGCCCACGGCCAGCCACAGCAGCAUCAGCAGCAUGCACCACAGCCAGCCCCACGGCGACACCAUCAGCAGCAGAACCAAGCACCACCACCCACACUACCAACAGCACUGCGUUCCAUGCGACUAAGCGAUCCAGCGCUGGAGAGGUCGAAAUCCGUCACUGGAUCUCUUCUCGAUAAAAUACCUGUUGAGGUGUCGCGGAAGUACUCCACCAAUAGCGAAACGGUUUCAUUUCCUGUUGGUUUUCGUGCAAUGGAGCGUCCUGACUUUAAUGCCUUAAUGUAUGAUUUUACGCUGGAGAUGUCCUUGAUCCCUUGAUCGCUGCUUGAGUAUCUAUCUCAUGUUCUGGUCCGACUGUGCCUUGCGCAGUACCAUCCCCAUCUUUCCACCAUGUUGUGUUGGUUUCCACUCCUAUCUCACGACGCCUUCUUCCCACUUAGUUGACUGCUUCAGCUCUCUGCGCUUCUCAUCUUACGAAUUGCUGCCGCAAAUUUUUAUAUCGCUUGGCAGCGUAUUCUAUAUCCCUCUACUCGGCUUUCUUGUUUUUUUUACCAUAUUAAAGUUGUACACCUGGCUUUUUUAAAUACUCCUCUACUCUCCGUUACGCACUUCUAACUGAGAUGAAGCACAUAGAUAGCAUGCACGAAAACCGCUCUUAUAAUGCCUUGCUUGCUUUUAUUUUAAAGUGCUAUCGUAUCGUUGAAUAGUUUUCUGCUACAACAGUUCAGGCAUUA